UUAAGAGCUAUCAUUCCCAAUAAAUGCUCCUUGCUCCUUGUCCCCCAUCUCCCCUUUCACACGAACACGGUGGCCAUUUGUCCAUGGUUAUCGCUUCCUAGCCUUCUCUUCUGCUUCCCACAGCCAAAUUCCCUCAAGGCUCAACCGUUGUAGUGUAAUCAGCCUUCUCGUCUUCUUCCAGCUUUCCACCCACUCAACAGCUGUAUAGUUUCUCGGGGAAAUGAUUAGAUCUCUUGCCCAAUAUUCUUUACCAGAGUACCCACUCCCUUUUCCCUGAUAUGGGACCUAUUUAUAGGACUCUGCUGAGCAAAGCCAACUAAAUUACGCUGGUUCAGGGUUUUGAUGGACGAUACUGGGAGAGGUCGAAAGGGCGGUGAAAUAACCAUGACUGAGAAGAGAACCACCGAUAAUGGAGAAGUAUUAGUAGCAAUAUCGGGUGAUGAAAUUGCAAAUGCCAAUAUAACCCCCAAAGGGUCUACUGUUGCUCAUAGGCAGAGCUGGCCUAAUUCACCCAUGAAAGAAUCAAAUGCUGGUGGAUUUGCAAAAUCAGUGUCUAUGAGCUACCCUUCACCAGAAACUUCACGGUUUAGCCCGAGCCCCAAUAAGCCGCCCAAAGUCCCUGUCAACAACGAAAAUCUCACUAGAAGGAGGUCGCUCACAAGGUCAGUGUACUCAAAACCGAAGUCAAGAUUUGGAGAACAGCCGUAUCCUGUUGAUUCUGAUGUGUUUGAAGAGGAUAGUUUAACUCUCCAAGAACAAAUGGCCAAGAAUUCACCCUAUAGCAAUUCACUUAAUAGGGGGUCACCUAAUAACAAGUCUGCUUCUACUAUUAGGACAAAUCCCAUAACUCCAAAAACGCCACUGAUGGCAUCUCCUGGAGGACCUGCAGAUGAUGAAGAAGAUGAGGUGGAUGAAGUUAUCCAUAAGGUUGAACUGAGUAAAAAAAAGCACAGGAAAGUGAGAGCAAAGCUUGCGGUUCAGUGGGUUGCUUUUGUUUGCAUUACGGGAUUGUUAGUGGCAAGCUUGACAGUUGAGAAACUAGAAAAGACUAUGAUUUGGGGUUUGGAGUUUUGGAAGUGGUGUGUGCUUGUGAUGGUGAUAUUCUCUGGCAUGUUGGUCACUAACUGGUUUAUGCAUUUUAUCGUUUUUAUGAUUGAGAGGAAUUUUUUGCUUAGGAAGAAGGUGCUUUAUUUUGUUUAUGGGUUGAAGAAGAGCGUUCAAGUGUUUAUUUGGAUAGGUCUAGUUCUUCUUGCUUGGGCAUUUUUAUUCAAUCGUGGAGUUGAACGAUCUGAGACUGCCACCAAGGUUUUAAAAUAUGUAACUUGGACUCUUAUUUCACUUCUUAUUGGUUCGUUUUUGUGGCUUUUGAAGACUUUAUCGCUAAAGAUUUUAGCAUCCAAUUUUCAUGUCAACAAGUUCUUUGAUAGAAUCCAAGAAUCAGUCUUUCAUCAGUAUGUUCUGCAAACACUUUCAGGGCCUCCAGUUAUAGAGGAGGCUGAGAGGGUUGGGAAAUCAGCUAGCACAGGUCAGCUGAGCUUUAGGAGUACGAAAAAGGGUAAAGGAACAAAGGAGAAAAAGGUUAUUGAUAUGGGAGCAGUUCAUAAGAUGAAGCAAGAAAAGGUUUCGGCUUGGACUAUGAAGGUUUUGGUUGAUGCUGUCACAAAUUCAGGGCUGUCUACAAUCUCUAAUACAUUGGAUGAAAGCAUUGUCGGAGUGGGGGAACAAGCUGAUACAGAAAUUACCAGUGAGAUGGAAGCAACUGCUGCUGCCUAUCGCAUCUUUAGGAAUGUUGCCAAGCCUGGUUGGAAGUACAUUGAUGAGGAGGAUCUCUUGAGGUUCAUGAUUAAGGAGGAGGUGGAUCUUGUUUUUCCAUUAUUUGAAGUAUCGGAGAAUAGACAAAUUGACAGAAAAGCCCUGACAGACUGGGUGGUGAAGGUUUACAAGGGUCGGAAAGCUCUUGCCCAUGCAUUAGGUGACACCAAAACAGCUGUCAAGCAAUUGAACAAAUUGGUGACGGUGAUCCUGGUUAUUGUGACCAUUAUCAUUUGGCUUCUCUUGAUGGGAAUUGCAACAACAAAAGUGCUUGUUCUCCUCUCAUCACAGCUAGUAGUUGCAGCUUUUAUGUUUGGCAAUACCUGCAAGACCAUAUUUGAAGCUAUCAUAUUUGUUUUUGUGAUGCAUCCUUUUGAUGUUGGUGAUCGAUGCGUUGUUGAUGGUGUGCCGUUGUUGGUCGAGGAAAUGAACAUCUUAACGACAGUUUUCUUGAAGCUCGAUAAUGAAAAGAUAUACUACCCAAAUUCUGUUUUAGCUACAAAACCAAUCAGCAACUACUACAGAAGUCCUAACAUGGGUGAUUCUGUGGAGUUCUCGAUAGACUUUGCUACACCAGUGGAGAAGAUUGCAUUGCUGAAAGAGAAAAUUAAGAAGUACCUGGAGAAGACUCCCCAACUCUGGCAUCCUAAUCACAGUGUUGUAGUGAAGGAAAUUGAGAAUGUGAACAAGUUAAAAAUGGCUCUCUUUUGCAAUCACACAAUGAACUUUCAAGAAUUUGGAGAGAAGAACAAGCGGCGGACUGAAUUAGUCAUUGAGAUAAAGAAGAUUUUCGAAGAGUUAAAUAUAAAAUACUACCUUCUGCCCCAGCAAGUUCAUCUCAGCCAUAUUGGAUCCGAAGCUCGGAAUCUACAGUUUUGAACCACAGAUGUUUAUCCACAAGUAACUAGGUUAUCGAUGAAAUGAGGAAUGUUGCAACGAAUGCAGGGCUUGUCUUUUGAGUUUUGUAUUGUAAUUAGCUCCGGGGCUUGUCUGAAUAUUUUCAUAUGCUCAGCUGCUUGGGUUAAAGAUUUUGCGUUGGUGCUUCUCUGAAACCUUCUCUGAAACUAACAACUAACAGGAUUGUGUUUACCUUUUGUUUAAAGGAAUUUAUUUAUUUAUUUAUUUUUA